GUGCGGUGUUGAUUCAAGAGAACAGCGAAGGAAAGCCUCGUAUCAUCAGCUUUGCCUCAAAGUCACUAUCAGCGACCGAGAAAAAGUACGCCCAGAAUCAGCGAGAGGCGCUUAGCGCCGUUUGGGCAGUGGAGCAUUUCUCCUAUUUUCUACUUGGUCGACAUUUAUUUUGCGGACGGACGCUCAAGGAAUAACCUUCAUCCUGAACAGAUCGCGUGAAGAAUCCAAACGCGCACUAGCAAGAGCUGACGGUUGGGCUCUUCGUCUUAGUCCCUAUGACUAUGAAAUUGAAUACGUCAGAGGAUUGGAUAACAUUGCGGAUCCAUCAUCGCGACUGUAUUGAGGUAAUGAUGACGAGUUUAACGAAGAAGUAAGCCCAUGGGAAGUCUGCGCAUUACAAUCAGGUAGCAUCGAAUUCCUGACAGAAGAAGAAAUUCGUGAAUUCACAAAGCGAGACGAAAUGCUGAUGCAGGUUGUUCAAGCUAUGGAAACUCAAAAAUGGCCCAGAGAUUUGUUGAAAUACAAAUCCGUUGCGACCGAGCUUAGGUUCAACGAUGGAAUACUGUCGAAAAACGGUUGUGCCGUUAUUCCUCAAGCACUCCGAGAAAAAACGCUUGAGAUCGCUCACGUGGGACAUCCACUGGAAGCAAAGUUGAAAAGUAUCCUACGUAGGCGUGUUUGGUGGCCUGGCAUGCCAGGUGAUGCCGAAAAGUGGGUAAAAUCCUGUGCCGUUUGUGCAGUCAAUGGGCGACCGGAAAGACCACCCCCGAUGCGCAGGAAAUUCGCCCCAAAGGGCGUCUGGGAGACAGUGGCUCUUGACUUCAAUGGGCCUUAUGUUAAACUUGGAGGGAUCUCGAUCUUAGUUAUCAUAGAUCUUCGUUCCAGGUAUGCAAUAGCACGACCGGUAAAGUCUACUAAAUUUGAACACACCAGAGCAGUGUUAGACACUGUUUUCGAGAGGGAAGGAAUCCCAAGAGCAAUGAAGUCCGAUAAUGGGCUACCAUUUAACGGUGAGGACUACGCUUGUUACUGCUCUGAACGUGGAAUACAAACGAUUUUUUCGACCCCAUUCUACCCGCAACAAAACGGCCUGGUAGAAGGCUUUAUGAAGGUGGUUAAUAAAGCUAUGUCCGCCGCACUGUCUUCAGGAACUAGUUACAAGAAGGAACUAGAAGCUGCUGUUCAAGCAUACAAUGCAGCAGAACAUAGCAUUACUAAACUGGCUCCAGAAGAAAUCAUGACCGGUCGUAAGAUAAAACGUGGAUUGCCACUCAUCAACUACGGAAAGGCCGAAUAUGAUGAACAGUCUUUGGAUGCAAAUGAUCGAGAAGCUAAAGUGGCAUCGAAGGAACGAGAGGACCCCCGGCGGGGAGCCAAACCGUGCGAAAUAAAACCAGGUGAUACCGUCAUCGUGGAGCGUCCUUCCAGGGGAAAAGGCGACAGCAGAUUCGAUACGAAGCGUUUCACCGUGCUGCAGGAAGAUAACGGCAGUUUGGUCCUCUGUGAUCCGGAGGGUCAUCAACUCAAGCGCCACGUCUCUCAAACAAAAAAGGUUCAGCAGUGGCGACGUACGGUGCCGCCAAGGAUAUCCGAAGCUCGUCCAGGUUCCGUGCCGUGAUGGUACCGAAGUUAGUGGACGACCCGAUAGGACCAAGCGGCCACCAGCGUAUUUGGCCGACUACACUCAAACGGUAGAACAAUCUUGAAAGACGAUGGAGAAAAUAUCGAAUGUUCAAUGAAAUCCUCUUUUGCUACAUCUUAAAUACAUACUGUGAUCAUUUUGAUUGAUUGAUUUUUGAGUUUCUUAUUGCUUGUACUUCCUCAAGUUUUCUUCAGUUGAACUGGAUACGUCUUAUUGCUUGAGAUUCUUGGGGAAAAUUGGACUGUCAUGUAGAAAUCUUCAUGGGCUACUAAGUUUUCAUCAUGAAAAUUGGCAUGUGGUUGUUCUCAAGGUAGCAAU